ACAUGUCUGUAGAUGAAAUUAGGAAAUCCUUCAAAACCGUCUUUUGAAAGACUUUAACAGCAGUCCGACCCUUAAAAUUCAGAUAUAUAGUCAAAUAAAUGUUCGGCUGUUUCUGGUGAGUUCACGCCACUGGCUUUGAGCAGGAACAUGGUGUUGUUGCGUUUAAAGCAGUUGUGGCUCGUUGCUGUUGUUUUGACAGCUCGUGUGAGUGAAGCUGCAGGGAAACCGAAACUGAUCGAAGAUGGGGCGGCAUGUGAGUCCCGAGACAAUACGGCGAUCAGUUUGAAACCAAGUACAGUCUCCUCACCCGACGGGCCAGAGCCAGGCGAACUCGCAGCCGCGUUUAGUGUCCCGACUCUGGACGGGGAGUUCUCAUACCAACCCGGUGCUCAGCAGGGUGCUCUCAUCAUUCACGCCUUCUCCAACAAGUCCGGGUUCCUGGAGUGCAUGUGGAGCUCGGAGUCGUCCCUGAGUAGCCUGGUGGAGGAGCUGCCCAGCACCACCCAGGUGCUCUUUCUGUCCCUGGACGACUCUGCGGUCAGUGAUGCUCUGUGGAUGAGGGACCAGCUGCAACGGGUCGCCAUGCACAGUAAUAAGUCGGUUCUGUCCAGGCUGCACUUCUCUCCGGUGCCAGUCUUCGCUCUGGGUAACUGGAUACCCAAUGUGCUUUACUACUGGCGCUGCAUGGGGCGCGGCUGUGUCUUCUCCCAGGCCGUUUUCAAAUCCAAGGGGUGGAAAAUGCCUAUAAUUAUCAAGAGACUAGAUGCCAGGUAUGAUUGGCUCUCGACGCGCUGGGAUCAGAGGACGUAUCAGCUGACAGAUGCAGGGGACGGGUGUGAACCUUCCCCCUCGGUGGCGGGUGCUGUGGCCUGGGUGUCUGAGGGCAGCUGCUCUUUCUUCACCAAGGUGCAGAGCAUGACAAAAUCCAACGCCUCCGGUGUCCUUGUGUACGCUCUCCCUGGUAACCCGAUCCAGGACAUGAACUGUGUCGGGGGCGAGUGCGACACAACACUGGGCAUCCCCGCUGCCAUGGUGCAUCUGGAGGUUUCGGUCGCUCAGGCGCUCCAGGAUGGACAGCAGGUGUACUUGUCCUUCCAGUACACACCGUCCCCAAACUUCUUCAUCGGUAUUGACCACGAGGGGUCGCUGGCUGAGAUGGGCUGGUUCAUCUAUCCCUCGUUCAGCUUCAUCAACUGGCAGGCACAGUGGUUUGAUUUUUAUGCAGAUCUGCAGAUUAAACUUCAAAGUCCUGCAAAGGUCGUUUCUGUUUUUAACAAAGUCCAAAUGCAGGGGGAGAAAGGAGCCGUGGCCACAGUUGACCUUCCAAUAGCGCUGUCGAACUUUGACAUGCUGGAGCUCGAUGCGUCGCUGUCGUGUCCCGGCAAGAGAGACUCGUCCUGCGCUCACUGGGAUCACACGGUGCAGCUGUUUGUCUGCUGUGAUCCUCUCGGUCCGUACUGCAACAUGGAGCUGGGCCGAUGGAUCACCGCCUUCCGUAGAGGUACUGGGCACUGGUUGACAGACGUGUCUCCUCUGAUCCCCCUGCUGGACAGCAACAAAUGCACCCUCACCAUGAAGACGGUGCCGUGGGCGAUGCCGUGGAUCGCCUCCCUCAACCUGAGAUUCAGUGUCGGCAAUCGGACAGAUUAUCGCGUAGAGACGCUCCGCCCCUUCAGAGUGACGCCACUUUACAGCGGGGGAACCUUCGACAAGAACUACAACAAGAGACACCAGCCAACCGAAGUCUCCGUCCCGGCAUCAACCAAAAAGGUGGAGCUGUACGCCGUCAUCACGGCCCACGGCUACGAUGACAACCACUGUGGAGAAUUUUGUAUCACCUCCCAUCACUUCUUGAUCAACGCUGUUUUUAACAACAGCCUCACAUUCGACUCUGCAGGAACACCUCUGGGCUGCACUCUGCGGGUGAAAGAGGGCGGGGUACCAAACGAACACGGCACGUGGCUGUACGGGCGAGGAGGCUGGUGCGACGGACUACAGGUCGACCCCUGGAGGACAGAUAUCACCAAACAGCCUCCGAACCAGAACUGAGCGCAGGAAUUAGCGAUGGCGUCGAAGUACCACUUCACCACGUAGUCCCGGCACGGUCCUGGAUCCAGCACGUGGUCGCAGCGCUCCACUGGAGACAACAAAAAACAAGAAUUGUCAACUUUACAGAAGACUAAAAAGUCUACAGCCAUCAAAGUGUGUUGUCAUGCUAACAUUUGAUUAUUAGCACUUAAUACAAAGUACAGCUAAGAGUUAUCAGAAUGUCAUUAUAGUGUUGCAGGUAUAAGCGUUGGACAAUUUUGACCAGAUGGUGUCACAAGAAGAAAUGUCUGGGGAUCACCAAAGUUAUUAUAGUUCAUCCUGAGGGGAUCAUGAACUACAUAUUAUGGUAAUCCAUUAAAUAGUUGUUGAGACAUGUCACUCAAAACCUCCAAAAUGGGCAUCAUGGUGGCACUAAUGAAGUCUGAAAAGUCAGGAGGAUCCCCAAAGUCAGUCGAAUUCAUCCUCUGGAGACCAUGAUUUUGAGAAAAAACUUGUGCCAAAUCGAGAAGAUGUUGAGAUAUUUACAUCUGGACCAAACCAACAGGUAGACAUCACCAUACCCGAAGCCACGCUGGUAGACAGGCUAAACCUAAAUCUGUGAGGGGCUGAGUAAAACCCCGCUACAGAAAAAUGUGAGUGGAAAUUAAUUAAGUGUUAUAAUUACAGAUAAUUUAGGUUUAGCACUUUCAUGCACAUUUUGACAUUCAGAUUCAUGUUAAAGAUCAUUCUUGAAUUCUUAAUAAACUUAAUUCAUUCGGUUUAAUGGAUUUAUUAUUGAAUCUUUUUCUGAUUCUUUUGUGUUGAAACCUUCACGUUUUAGAUAAAAUGUCAGUAAAUGUAUAACAUUAGUAUUUCACAGCCAGUAGUAUAUCUGAUUUAGUUGAAAGGCUUUGACCUUAUCGUCUCAACAUUUUCAAAUAAAUAAUAAUACAAGUGCAGAGGAAUUAAAAUGUAAAACAAAAUGUCAUGUUGGAAAACAUUCACCUCAUAUUUAUGUUUCUUGAUUUUUAACAUUUUAUCUUUAUUUUUU